AUGCGUUCUUCACUUAGACGUGUUUGGGGACAGCGUUUAAAAUGGAAAAGGUUAAGGGAGAAAUUAUUUCUGUCAUGGGUUGAAAGCAUAGCAGAGGCGGCUAAGAAAGGUGGUAGCGGACAGCAUGAGCUCUGUUGGGAUAGCUAUGAGAAGAUAAAGCAAAAAUUACAUCUCCAAGAGCUUCAGCGGGCUGCUGAGAAGAAAAAGGAAAAGGCAAAGGAGAGGGCAAAGAAAAGAGCAAUGACAGCAGAACAGGUUAAAGAAAAAAAUAUGGAGAAGUCUAUGAAUUCGAUACUGAAGAAUUGA